CUCCGCCGGGGCCUCGGGCAGCGAACGGCGGGAGAAGCGGACAGGGCCCGGCCAGAGACGCUCCCGGGGCCAGAGCAGCAAGGACGGGGCGGUCCGCACGGCAAAGAACGGGGCGCAGGGUAUGGCACUGGCACCCACCGCCUAAGGGAGCGGUGGACGGGGGAUGUGCUGUCGGCGGGACCAUUAUGUCACCUCACCGGAUGGGAAAGCUGUCCUGCCCUGAAUUCAUACCACUGCAAGCUCAGGGCUCAGAGCCCCCGAGGCCUCUGUGGAAGCAGCCUCUCCUGAAGGCAGUCACACCAAGUCCCACAGUCACCUUACUCUAGAAAUGGAAGCCUUUUUGCCUUCCUUCAGACAGGGGAAACAAAGUAGUGGUACUUAAUGAAUAACAAGCAGAAAUCCUAUUACAGAAUGACUUUGCACUAAGCCAUUGUGGAAGAAACAAGAUCCAAACAUCAGUUCUCCAAUGUGCAUCCUGCUCUUCAAAUUUGACCCCCGACCAGCUUCAAAAAAUGCAUACAGGCUUAUUCUAGCAGCUAAUAGAGAUGAAUUUUACCACAGGCCAUCCAAAUCAGCAGAUUUUUGGGACAGCAGCAAUGAGAUCCUUAGUGGUCUGGAUAUGGAGGAAGGAAAAGAAGGUGGGACAUGGCUGGGAAUCAGUAAGAAAGGCAAGAUGGCAGCCCUGACAAACUAUAUGCAGCCAAAGAUUGAUAAAGAGGCAAAAGGAAGAGGUGCUCUUGUAACAAACUUCUUGACUGCAGAUCUGGACAGCUACUCUUACUUGAAGAAAAUUUCAGUAGAAGGGCAUCUUUACAAUGGAUUUAAUUUAUUAGCAGCUGAUUUGAAUACCACCAAAGGAGAUGUGAUUUGCUACUAUGGAAACAAAGGAGAACCAGAACCUGUUGUCCUAAAUCCUGGAAUAUAUGGACUGAGUAAUUCUUUGUUGGAUACACCAUGGAAGAAACUUCAGUAUGGGAAGCAGCUUUUCACAGAAGUGGUCAAGAGAAGUCAAGACCUUACCAAAGAAGACUUGGUGCAGGAGCUUCUUACAGUGAUGAAUAAUCAAGAGCCUCAAUUACCAGACCCUGCCAUUGAAGACCAAGGGAAAGAUUACAUACGUCCCAUACUGAACAAGUAUGCAUCUAUAUGUGUUCGUUGCCCAGGUUAUGGAACAAGAACUAACACCGUGGUUCUCAUUGAUUCAGAAGGACAGGUUACUUUCACAGAGAGGAACAUGAUCAAUGAAGAUGUCAACCAGUGGAAAACAAGCACCUAUGAAUUCAAACUGCACACUUAACAACUUUCCAUGUGAAUGGUUUGUAAUAAAAGCAAUGAGAUAACAAGCCAUGAAGCUUCAGUAAAUGUUUUGUGCCAGCCUCCACAAGCUAAAAUUCGCAAGGAAAGCAAAAGUUUAAAUAAACUGGUAGCAUACUCUAUCAGGAUCACAACUCUGUUGGAUGAAACCAAAAGAAGAAACUGUUUCUACAUGAAGUAGCAACUUAUAAUCAGAAGAACAUUUUUAAAUAUCACUCCACCUCCAGGACAAGGCUGUCUUUGCCCAAGGCAGCAACAUUGCUUUCUUGUGGGUGCUUUUGGGUUUUGGUGGUUUUUUGUUUUGUUUUUUUAAGAUAUUUUAAGUAGACUCUUAAGAAUGUUUUCAGAGGAGGGGAAACUGCUGCUCUUAUUGUUCUACCUAAAGGUUUUGCCACAUUUUGCUUUCCCUCCAGCAAGAGAUUUUAAGAUUGUAUAGCUGAUGCCAAUGUGCAUUAAAUGAAUGUAUGAAAUCUUUGUAGCUUUAAGUGCUUUAGUAACAUUAAACUUUUCAGCAGAGCCAUGGUUCAGUGAUCUGUCUGCAGAGAGCAGAACAGGGGGGGAUUCUUUACAUUUGUUUUCCUAUAGAUAGAACAGCAAUAUAUCUUAUUUCUAAGCUUGAUUUGAGAGUAGAUGGGAAAUUAAGUUCAGUCUCUGCUCAGCUUUACUCAGUAGAAACUAAAAAUCUUAUGGGAACAGACCUGCUUAUCUUUGGGAAUAAAACUGUGUGCCAUCCUGUUUCCUGAUAGUCUAACUGGCAAUAUUGUAUUUCUUCUUUUCUUCCUCAGCAGGCAGGUAAGGAAUAGGUGUCUUGUUUGCAAACAGGCUACAUCUGAAUAUGCAAUUCUGGCUUAAUUUCUCUGUUGAUGUGUCAAAAUCUGGAGUGGCUGCUUAUAGAUUGUUAGUAGAAAAAACUAAUUGUUCUAAGGUGACCUUAAUGCAAUCUUUAAAUAGAUGAAAAAGUUGGAUAUUUUGUAUGUUUUAAUGUCUGUGAAUUAAAAAGCUAUUUAAAUGCAUGCUUUUUGCAAUUAUUCAGUGCCAGAUUCUAACUAAUAUGAAGAUAUUUUAAAACUCUAUUUUUUGCUGCUACUUAUGUUCUGUUUGGGCUUAUUUUGAAUGCUGAAUAUUAAGUCAGUAAUGGGUCACUGCAAUUUUUUCCUAUAUAUAUGCUGAAUGUUUUCUUUUUACAAGCCUCUGAUUAUUAAUUAUUACACAGUAGCAAGAUACUCUGACACUAUUUACAAAGCUGAGCAACUGUUCCCUGUACUGAAGCUUGUGUGUUUAGGAGCAUUCUUGUUAGGAGGGGUUGUGUGUGUGUGUUUGUAGUGGAGGAAGCAGUGCAUUAGACUUGCCAUUAAAGUGGAGUGCUGUGAAAGGCCAUUCUGAGAUUUCUAAUUGCCAAGAGUUGCUAAAGCAGCAUUUAGUCAGAUAUUUCCUUAGUAUUUGCAUAUUUAAAUGGCUUUUAAAUACCAGAACUGCUUGCAUAGCUAGUCACAGAUUCUCAUUCAGCACUACAGCUGACAUUUUUAACCACUUCAAUUUUAAGACCAUCAAGACAGUCUUGUCAAGUUGUAGAUGGUUUCAAACUCUGGAGCUUUCUGGGCUGUUUUUCAGAUCUGUAAGAAAUGGUUAGCCCUUUAUUUUUUGAUGGCUGUUUAAACCAUAUAAUUGUUUGAAUAAAAAUGUUAUUGUUACUUUCAAAUGCAUAGAAAUAGCCUUAGCUACUUAAAAUUUGAAUUUAACAACUGCAUAUUUAAAAACAAAACUUAGUUUUGAUGUCUUGCUCUUAGUGAGAGCUUGCAUGUCAAACUUCUUUGUAUCUUAAGAAAAAAACCCAACAGGGUAUAUUUGAACAAGACAUUGUUUUUGAAAACAUUAUGUAAAUGGCAAGCAAAAUGCUUGCAUGCCAUUUCUUGCUAAAAGCAUUUUAAAACCUUGUGUUUUAUAGUUGUUGUGUAAUAAUGAAAAUGUAUUCUAUUUUUUAUGUAAAGGCAAAAGAAAAACAAGUCAGAGCUUAGAUGAACCAGCAGAUGAUAGUAUAUUUUCCCUUGAAUUAAAAUUCUAACUCUGGGAUUUGCUUAUUCUGACAAUUAAAAUAAACAGUAAAGAACGAA